UUUUGAUUAGGUGAUUGAGAGAAAAAGAUAAUGAGGGAAUGAUUUUCAUUUUUUAAGCUUAAGAUGAGAUUGAAUUAGAGUGGGAAGUGAGAAUUCUCCUCUGAUUGACAAACAAUUUCAUGAAAAAAAGUUAAUAGCUUUUUUUGAAACUGAUGAUAAAAAAAAGGGCAAAAGGAAAGAGAUAACGAAAGGAAUAGAGAAGAAGAGUGAUAGUUUGAUGUCUAACGGGGGAAAAGAGGUAUGCUGGAGAAAGAGAAAGGAAAAGAGAAAAUAGAGCAUGGCCAUGCAUUGUGUUCGACGAUGCCGGAAUCAACCCACUUCAUGCCUUCCGUUUUGGGUGUUCUAUGGGUUAUUAUCAAGUGCAAUCCCUGUUGUUGAAGGCAUUUGGAUUUUCAUAUCACUUGUUGCCAACUUAUCAGCUGCAAAUUGUUACAAAGUAGAGCAUUUAAAGAGACCGGAAAAUUGGGCACUAGGCAUUGCUACUCUUUCAAACACUUUCUUGUUGCUUAGCUUCCAGCUCUAUUUCUUUUUGUUGGCUAUGAGAUCUUUCCCAGCUCACCUUUAUAGAAUUCCCUAUUUGAUCAGUUGAGAAGGCAAAAUAUUUCUACAUUGCUGGGUUUUUCCUUACUGUAUCCCCUGAAUGCAUUCAACUUGUUG